AUGGAUAUCAGAAACUGCUGGUGCAACUCGGACGCAGACAAUAGAGCCAUUCGAUUGGGGCAGAGUUAUAACGAGGUUAGGCCUGUGAACUCAUCUUCUACCUCUGGAUUAACCAAGUUGAGGUGGAAAGUUCUGUGGAUGAAGUUUAAGAAAGAAAAGAAGAAGAUGUUUGAGUCUGUAUCUCCUUUGCAGGUUCCUUAUGAUCCCUACACUUACUCACAAAACUUUGAUCAAGGGUUUGCAUGGGAAGAGCCUGAUAAUCUCUCCAGAUCAUUCUCUGUGCGUUUUGCUGAUCCUUCGAGGAUAUUUCUUAAGAAAACAGAGAUGUGA